UGAGCCAGAAUUAUGCAGCAGAUCUCAGCCACCUUAAAUUUGGAAUGGAAUCACGGAUGAGCAGGAAUGGAGUUCAUUGGGGUGAAGGAUGGCACCUUGUUGAUGUAAGAGAUUGGGAAGGAGGUCUGCAAUGCUGUGUGAUGGAAAGUGAAUCCCAGAUAUUGUCAUCUGUGAUUUAUGGUUAUUUCUCAAGUGCUGGAUGUCAGAUUCACCCAGAGGAUGUCCACAACAUGUUUAUUCUGCUUCAGACAUAUUUAGUUCUUCUUCUUCUGUGUGUUAAUUAUGACCCCUGUUCUGCAUGCGGCCAGGCUGAAUAUAAAAUCGGUGAUGAAUGCUGUCCUAUGUGCUCCCCUGGAAGUCGUGUCUACAGACAUUGUACAGCCUGGACCAGCACUUCAUGUGCUCCAUGCACAGAUUCUACAUUUAAUGACCAGCCCAAUGGUCUUGAACAGUGCAGCCCCUGUACAGUCUGUGUUAAAGGCCUUGGUGUGAAGACAGUGACAGCAUGUACACCCUCUUCAGAUACAGUGUGUGGGGUCCAGGAAGGGCACUAUUGUAUUAAUCCUUAUAAGGGAGGAUGCAGAACAGCCAAUAAACACACAGCCUGCAAACCUGGACAGUUCAUCCAACAGCCUGGAACAGAAUACACUGAUGCUGUCUGUGAAGACUGCAGUAAUAAUUCAUACUCUGAUGGCUCCUUUACCACCUGCAAACCACACACAGACUGUGAGUCCAGAGGACUUGUCACAGUCAAAGCAGGAGACCAAGCAGCUGAUUCUGAAUGUGGAGAGAAAAGUAACAUUGGAUUGUUUGCUGGAAUAGCAGCAGCAGCAGCAGUAACAAUAACAGCAGGAAUAUCAGCAACAAUCUGUAUAUAUAUGUAUAGAAAAAAACAUGGUAUUCAAUGGCAGAAUAAGAACCCACCCCCAGAAAGUGAAAAUAUGCUGCAAAAUCCCCCAGAAGUAGAAGAUGACGACGUGACAUAAACCCACAGAGGAGCCACCGGAUCCUUCUGGAUGUUUCACUUCCCCCUUCUCAGUACUGAAUUCUUCAGUAACUGCACUGCAGUAAAAAUUACCCUUGAUUUUUCAUCACAGGAGUGUAACGUCUGUAGCGCCUCCUGGCUUUCAGACACCAGUGUGGAUAUUCUUUGCAUUUUGAAAAAGAACAAAUCCGCUGCAGAGCUUCUUUCCGCUGCUUAGUCCAUGUCUUUGUGGUCUUUACAGAAAGUCCUGCUUACCUGACUUUUAUCUCUUGGGUAAUUUAACUGUGGUUUUAUUUAAUUUAUUUUUAUUAUUAUUUUUAAUUAAACCUGGCUCGUUAUUCCUCUGGAGCCCAAGUUUCCCAACAUUGGUUACAUAAGUUCUGGCAACAUGAAGAAGACAGCUAAAGGGCAAAGGAGCUUCUUAUGGACAUGAGACUGGACACCUCUGUCACUCUGGGAAAUUAAUAUCUUGCUAGCUGGACAAUGGCUUGUACUGGAUGACUGCAGAGACAGCAAUCAAAACCCCCAGCCUGGAGAUGUGAGGAAAGAGUGCUGUUUGCAGUGCCUGCAACUGGCCAGCUUUUAAAAUGUUAUAUAAUUGUAAUCCUUCUAUAACUUUGUAUUUUGAUUUGUGUUUGGAUAAUUGUCUAUGGAUUACUACUUAUUUCUGAGAAAGACCUCUGUUCCGUUACUUGAAAUACAUAGUUUAAUGUUUAAAUCACUUUAAUAUUUCCUUGUAACUUGCUGAGUCCCUUUAAGUGUUCGCCUACGUGCUUGCAUAUUCAUCACACUUACGCAUUAGAGCUAGUAGUGGAAUGAGCUACACACAAACACUGUUAAAUGUGCUCUUACUACAGCGUCUGCAAACAUCUUGCGCCUUCAGUAGCAUCGUGGGUAUGUAUUGUGUUAUUUUUAUCUGUGAGCACCGAUCCUUGUUUUGAUGUUUGAUACUAUAGCACUAUAUUUUGGGUUAAACAUACAUUUGCAGUAAAGAACAGAGCGAUAAACUUAUAUUUGUAUAUUGCACUGUUUAUGUACAUGAAAAGCAAAGUCGACUGUAAAUAAAUGGUAGCAUUUUUGUACUUUCAGUUUUACACUUUCCCUGCUCAGUAAACCUGUGGACAAAGGAACAUGCUGUCUUCAGAGUCUUGAUGUGGGAAAGAGUUAGCUGGCUGUCUAGUUAUAUACAGGACGUGUAACGAGGGCAGUAGUGAUGGGAUUUAUGGCUCUUUGAAGGGAUCCGGAUCUUGGCUCUUUUUAAAUAUUUAGUCAGUUUUAAGAAGCCAGCUUGGGGGCAUCUCAGUUUAUCCUGGAAAUAAUCACUGGGAGGAAUGAUGACGUAAGAUUUGUAGUCAAAUAAUUAAAACUCAGAUAUCACAUACCAAUAUCUGAGUUUGAAUUAUUCUGAGAUAUUGAUUAGUACCUCAUUUGUCAUGUGUGGACUAUAUUCCAUAGGGUUGCACAACAUCCCUCUGCUUAGACAGUGACAUCACUAUUUUGGAUUUACCUUUAGUACAAAGUGUGUGUAUGUGUAAAGCUACGUUGACUUAUGUUAUUCAUACAAUACCUACUCACAAAAAAACAUCAAAAACAAACCCGG